AUGCUUACCAUGUUAUAUACAUUGCAACUAGUGCCUACAUCUAUGUCAUCUUGUAUUUUAAAUGUUAAUCAUCGUGAACAAGUUCGUUUAGAGAAAAUAGUUUUUUUACUUCCUCUAUUCUUCUCUCUUCAUCUCUGCUUUUGUUCCUGCUUACCUUCUCUCCCCUCACCCUUUCUCUUUCUUUCCUUCUUUCCCCCUCCUCAUACUUUCUUUCUCUCUCUUCUUUUCUUCUUCCACUUUCUUCUCUUUUACCCCUCUGCAUUCUGUUUCUUUCCCUACCUUCCCCUCAAGCUUUCUCUACCUUCUCUCUUCCUUUAUUUCCUUCUCAAUCUCCCGCUUUCUCUUUUCCUUUUUGAUCUCCUGCUUUCUCUUUUCCUUCUCACUCUCCCGCUUUUGUUUUUCCUUCUCACUCUCCCGCUUUUGUUUUUCCUUCUCACUCUCCCGCUUUUGUUUUUCCUUCUCACUGUCAUGCUUUCAUUGUCAUCUGUCUGA